CCGCCCGCCACUCGGCCUUGUGUGUAUGAUGGUGGGUCUGAACUAAGUGCGCCUGAGGGGAGUAGGAGGAACCGGUGGGGAGCUCAGGAUGCGAUGGGGAACUGCUGGGCGCAGUGGUGCUGCGGGCUGUUCUUCCGGAGGGACGCCGGCCGGCUCCAGCGCAGCGGAGGAUCGAAGUAUUUUAGAACCUGUUCAACAGGAGAACACUUCACUAUAGAGUUUGAGAACCUGGUGGAAAGUGAUGAGGGAGAAAGCCCAGGAAGUAGUCACAGACCUCUGGCUGAGGAAGAAAUUUCUCACUUGAAAGACAGACAUUAUGACUUCAUUGCUGAGAAGCAGAGAGUUGUUGAUAUGAAGCUUCAGGCAGAGUUAGCCUUAGAAGAGGAGAAGUUAAGACUAGAAGAGGAGGCUUUAUAUGCUGCGCAACGUGAAGCAGCCAGGGCAGCAAAGCAGAAAAAGCUUUUGGAGCAACGUAGACAGCAAAGGAUAACCCAGAGAGCACAUGCUAUUAAUAAUGGAGAAUAUCAGAGCUCAGUGGCAGAGGAAGACCUCGAUUCUUUCUUAAGAAAUACAAAAUUCCAGUAUGAAGCUUUUCACAGUAGUAGACUCUCAUCUGAUGCUACAGUGCUUACACCCAACACGGAGAGCAGUUGUGACUUAAUGACCAAAACGAAAUCAGUGAGUGGAAAUGAUGACAGCACUUCAUUAGAUUUAGAGUGGGAAGAUGAAGAAGGCAUGAACAGGAUGAUUCCAAUGAGAGAACGCUCCAAAACAGAAGAAGAUAUACUCCGGGCAGCACUGAAAUUCAAUAACAAGAAGAAAGGAAGUAAUCCAGCUUCAGCAUCUGACGAUUCCAAUGGAUUAGAGUGGGAGAAUGACUUUGUUAGUGCUGAAAUGGAUGAUAAUGGCAAUUCCGAAUAUGCCGGAUUUGUAAACCCUGUGUUAGAGUUGUCUGUAUCAGAUAUAAGGACAUCUGUUUCUGAUUGUCAAGACAGGUAGUGAAACUGCAUGGCCCUUAAUCUGUGACCAAAUGCUGGGAAGUGGCAUAGAAUGUACAAACGCAAUUCACUCUUUUGAAUGUGGUUCACUUUUUCUUCCCAGUUGAGUGGCAAGGAGUGAGAAUGACUUGCUAUCUGAAUUAAUUCAGAUUUAAGUGCAAUUUCAUCAUCUACCUUCUAAAUUUUUAUGAAAACUGAGAUGAUUCUCUUGUGUAUAUUUCUGGAUACCUGGAUUUAAUAUAAAAUUGUCUGCACUAAUUUAAGCUUCAUAGCUUGGCAUAUCUAUAUUUUAAGUAGCCUUCCCCCCUCCUCCCGCCCCCUCCCCCCCAGAUGUCAUUUAUGCUGAUUUUGUUUUUAAAAGUCAUCAGUGGCCUAACAGCUAAGAAAUGGUCUUGUAUUAAUUUAAUGAAUACUUGAAUAUAGAAAAGGAAUUUUAAAAUUUUAUUUCAAACAUGUGCUUUUUUGACUUGUUCUUUAGCUAUUGAGAGAGUGUGCUUAGCCAGCUGUAAAACAAAUAUGCCUUGGGAUAAAUGGCAGGUUUUCCCCAUUUAGCUUACAGUCUUUCUAGCCUUGUGUUGCCCUCCUUCUCAUUUAUUUCAUUUUUUUAUUACUUCAAGCGCAGUUAACCUCAAUAAACAUAAUAUAAAUCAUUGGGUUAGGUUAGGUAAGAUACUGCAUUGUAUAGUAUGCCAGACUUAGUGUGUGCUAGAUAGAAAAAUUACUAUAAAAAUAUCUUUAUGCAUCAGUCAGGAAACUUCAGCCCAUAUCUAGUGGAGAACUAGGAGGACCAAAUUCUUGAUUUCUCCCUCUUCCCCCCCCA